CCGGCAAGGAGCCUAGUGGUUCGGACGCAGUGGCGAUUGGCUCACCUUCAAAGGCGGCGACAGGUGGAGCGACGGGACGGCCCCCGGGCGCCCGCAGCCUCUGCCAUGAAGAGGUUCUUUAGCCUCAGCAGUAAGGGCCAGGCACCCUCGAGCCCCGAGGACUCGCAGGGGAGCGGCAGAGCGACGCGGGGCCGGGUCAACAGGUCCGUGCGCAAGCUCCACAAGGCUGCGAGCGAGGGCGACGUGGCCAGGGUGCAGCACCUCCUGCUGCUCAGGAAAAGUGGCCUCAAUGACCAGGACAAGAAGCGCAGGACUGCUCUGCAUUUUGCCUGCACCUAUGGCCAUCCAGAAGUGGUGACUCUUCUCUUAGAAAGGAAUUGUGAUAUCGAUGCCCAUGACAGUGAUGAUAACACAGCACUGAUUCAGGCUGUACAACAUGACAAGGAGGACUGUGCAGCGAUUCUCCUGCAGCACGGGGCAAACCCAAACAUUGCCAAUGUCAGGGGCAACACCGCUCUUCAUUAUGCAGUGCUCAGUAAAACCACAUCAAUAGCAGCAAAACUACUUUCUCACAAUGCGAAUACUGAGGCAAAAAACAAGGAUGGCCUCACACCACUUCUGCUUGCUCUGAAGAAAAACAGACUGGAAGUGGCCCAAUUACUAGAGAAGAAAACAACAAAUAAUGCAAUGGAUAAACCGGGAAGUACUGCACCUGCCUUGCCUUUGAGGGAAGUAAAGGAGACUGAAUCUGAACAUCAGAGCUCCACAGAAUCUGUGACUUCCCCAGUGUCUCAGCAGAACAGUUCCCUUUCUGGUGGUCUACUACAAGUGAACAGCAGUUGCAACUUACAUGAUACAGAUGAAGAUGAAGGAAGGUCCACAAAGAAAACAUCUAAUGAAAAGGGCAAGAUCAAGAAGAAGAUAAAUGCUGUGUAUGGCCUUGACGACUUAUCUCAGUCGUCUAAAACACCCUUAGAGGAUAGUGAGUCGCCUCAUAUUCAGUAUGAGAAUAUUUUGCUGCUAGUAGAACAACUGCGAGUGGAGUGCAAAGAUUCUACUACUGUAUUAAAAAUCUGGGAUGCAAUACAUUCAUAUAAAGCAGUAAUAGAACUUAAAAAAGAUCAUGAUGAAGUGCUUACAGGAAAAAUUAAAAUACUGGAAAAUAAGUUGAGGGGACUACAGAAGGAGCUAACAGAAGCAAAAGAAGUGAAAUCACAGUUAAAAUGUGGGAAAAUACAACGAGAAAGAGAAAUUGGCAAUUUAAGAUUUGCCUUAAAACAAGAAGAGGAGAGGAGUAAAACUGUUGAUGAGUUUUAUGAAAAAAUUAAAGAACAGUUAAGAAAAAAAGAAGAACAAUAUUGUCAAGAAGUUGAAGAAAAACAACAACUUGAAAUUUCUCUUAGAGCACUACAUAUGAAAUUGAAGACGUUGGAAGAAGCACAGGAUCAACACACAGAAGCUGGACGACAUGCUGAGAUUCAAGAACACCUAGAAAAGCUUGACCUUGAGAAUUCCAGUUUAAAAGUUAAAAUAAAAGAACAAGCAGGUAGAAUUGAACACCUUGAGGAAAUCUUAUUAUUAAGUGCAAAAUUGUCUGAAAAUGAUCAGGAACAGUUAAAGAAACUUACUGAGUUAAAAAAAUAUCUGGAAUAUACUUUGGAUGAAGAAAAGAAGAAAAACAGUGAAUUAAUAAAAGAGCUAACUGGAUUGAAGAAACUUUGGAAAAUGAUAGAAACAAACUUAAAUGAGCAGGAAAAUGGACAGUUUUGUUUUCAUGGAAAUUUAACAUCCAGUGAAUCUGAAAGGAAUAGUCCAACUGAUGCUCUAAUAGACAAGAUUGGUGAUCUUGUAUCAAAACUGGAAACUACAUCUUCCAAAUGUCUAUAUCUGAAUGAAAGUAAUCAAUCUCUCCGCCAGGAGUUAUUAUCCAUGAAACAUAUACAAAAGAAAUGUGAAUCACUAGAGGAAAAUAAAAAGAAUUUGGAACAAGAAGUACUAAACCUCAAACAUUACAUAGAAAAAAAUGUGGUAAAACAUGACCAACUAGAACAGUAUAAGCAGAAGAUUGAAGAAAGCGCAAGACAAGAGCUACAGGAAAAACUAAAACAAACACAUGCAGAAUCUCAAGAAUAUUUAGCACAGUGGAGAGAGAGUAAUGCUUCAGUGAGAAUUCAGAUGGGACUUAGAAUUAAAGACCUGGAGUCAGAGCUCUCUAAAAUGAAAACUCAAGAAGAGAUCAAUAAAAUACAACUAGAAGAAUAUAAACAACUUUAUAAAGAAGAACUAAAAACUACAGAAUUAUUGUACAGUAAACUAAACAAGGCGAAGGAGAGGCUAGAAAAGGCCAAUUCCAAACUUCUGGUGAAGAAAUUGCAAAGCAGAAGUUUGCUGAGUGCUGCUAAUACAAGACCUGUCCUAGUGUGUCCUUGUAUGGGAAAUCUUAAUCAUAGUUCGGAGCUCCACAGAAGUUUUCUUCCCAGAGAAAACUUAGCAGAUCAUACAUUAAACCCACAGCCUUCAAACAACAGCAUGGAGAACCUCUUCACAAGGCAGCAACAGUUGUACAGUAGUAUAAAUAGAGAACUAAGAGAAGCUACUGCUGAAUUGGAAGCCUUGGCCUUGAAAGUUUCUCACAGAAUAUCCGCUAAUAAAUCAAGCCAAGAUCUAAUUUCAGAAGCAUCACAAGAAUAUAUUGCAAUUUUAAGACAAAAGAUAUAUGGUCUGAAAAGAUAAAAUGUUAUCUAUGAAGUCCAAUAAGUAAAAUAUUAAUUAUUUCCCACAAGGUGUAUAACAUGAAAACUUUGUUGAAAGAAAAAAUUUUGUAUCAUAUAUGUGAUAAAAAUUUCUAUACUCUUUUAAACCAUUUCUUGACAUCUGUAGCUUUUAAUUGGUGUUUGCAAGAAAAGAUCACUGUUGCUGAGUUUUAUGUACUCAAACUUCCCAAAUGCCAACUAUUUUAAAUCCAACCAACCACUUGGUUAGAAUGAAAUAUAGUGAUAUUUUGAAAAUUGUAUUUUCCA